AGGUUCUUUGCCCUCCCUACUUGGAUACGGCUCUGGGGUCUGGACUAGUGCCCCCCCUCUUCCUCUUUUCUCCUGCUGAAGUUGGUGGCUUUCAUCUCCCUCCUGUGUGAAAGAGCAGGAUGUUUUUGGGUUGUUGCGACGCGUGGUAACAUGAGACGCUCAGAGAAGCAUGGAGCGCGUGAGGAGUAAUUGACUGGAGGGAGGAAAGCAGGGAAGACCCUCUCCCCAGGAGUCUCUAUAGAGGUGGACUGGCGUCUCACUACCACAGCCAUGGGUGGAGCCAAGCAGAGGGCAAGCAAGAUGCUGGAGUUGAGCUAAAGCAGCCCAUCCCUCCCGUCCUCCUCUGUUGUGUGGAGAAAAGAAGAUGACCGUCACUAGCCGGCAGUCCUUCAACGUCCUGGCUGCCACCUUCCUUCUGCUGUCUACCGCAGCUCUCUCAGCACACUUCCGGGUGUGCGAGCCAUACACUGACCACAAGGGGCGCUACCACUUCGGCUUCCACUGCCCGCGUCUCUCCGACAACAAGACCUACAUGUUCUGCUGUUACCAUAACAACACGCCGUUCAAGUACUGCUGCAAUGAUACAGAGUUCCAGCACGUCAUGCAAGUCAACUUGACAACAACCCCAGACGGUUACACACACAACAAUUACACAGCCUUGAUCGGCGUGUGGAUCUACGGCUUCUUCGUCAUGGUGCUGCUGGCUCUGGACCUGCUGCAUUACUCAGCCAUGAACUACGAGCUGUGCCGGGUCUACCUGCAGAAGUGGGGGCUGGGUGGCCACUGGCUCCGGCAAGCCAGGGUCCAGUGGAAGAGCCCUGAGCAGGAGGAGAGCCAGCUCAGCUCCAGACCCAGUCCGCAGGCCGGCCCCCUGGGCCCAGGCCUCUACUCCCACCCCAGACACUGCCUCAGAGGAGAUGCCCAGAGCCCCACGCUGCUCCCGCUGCACACAGCCGACGCCUGGUGA